AUGGCCAAACGCGAUCCCGCUACCCUUUCCAACUACAAUGAGUGGAUCACCAAGCACACCACUGCCAAUCUUUCCAUUGAUUUCAAAGAGAAGAUCCUCAAGGGCAAGGUCUGCCUCGAGCUCGAGUCCUUGACAGACAGACUGAGCAAGGAAAUCAUUCUCGAUUCAAGCUUUGUCAAGGUCUCUGGUGUCAAGGUCAACCAGGCGACCUCUCAAUGGGAUCUCAAGGAUCGGUCCGAGCCCUUCGGCUCUCCUCUUCACGUUUCGGUGCCUGAAGGUGCCGCUAGGGGUGACGUCGUUAGGGUGGAAAUCGACCUCGAGACGACGAGCAAAUGCACUGCCGUCCAGUUCCUGACGCCGGCGCAGACGUCGAACAAGAAGCACCCCUACAUGUUCACGCAGUGCCAGGCCAUCCAUGCGCGGUCCCUCUUCCCGUGCCAGGACACUCCUGACGUCAAGUCGACCUACACGUUCAAGAUCCAGUCAUCUCUUGCUGUCAUUGCUAGUGGCGUCAAGGUGGAGGGGCGCUCAUUCCCCUAUGGUGGCAUGGAAAACCCCGUGUUCACUUACGCCACCCCGACACUGAUCAGCGGUGACCGCCAGAAUGUGGACGUCAUUGCUCACGAACUCUCGCAUUCCUGGAGCGGUAACCUCGUUUCCUGCUCUGACUGGCAACACUUCUGGCUCAACGAGGGCUGGACCAUCUACCUCGAGAGGCGCAUCGGCAUGGCCAUUCACGGCGACGCUGAGAGAGACUUUUCCGCCAUCAUCGGCUGGAAGGCUCUCGAAGAUGCGGUUGAUCUGUUUGGGCACGACCACGAGUUUACAAAGCUGGUGAUUGAGCAAAAGGGCAUCGAUCCCGAUGACGCCUUCAGCACUGUCCCCUACGAGAAGGGCUUCCACUUCCUUUACUACCUCGAGAAGCUCGUUGGUCGAGAGAGCUUUGACAAAUUUAUUCCCCAUUACUUCACCAAAUGGGCCAGAAAGUCACUUGAUUCCUUCGAGUUCAAGGCCACCUUCCUCGACUUCUUCAACGGGUUGGGCGAUGAGUCUAUCAAGAACAAGGUGGCCUCCAUCGACUGGGAUGCUUGGUUCUACAAGCCUGGUCUUCCUCCCAAACCUGAAUUCGACACAUCUCGUGUGGAUGUCUGCUACAAACUUGCGGACAACUGGAAGAGCGAGGACUUCGAGCCCAGCCCCAAGGAUGUCGAAGGCCUUACCGGCAACCAGAAACUGGUUUUCCUGGAGGCGGUGGAAAAGUUCGAUCGGCCAUUGACGCCCGAAAAGUCCCAAGCCAUGGGCAAGGCGUAUGCACUUGCUACAUCGCAGAAUGCCGAGCUCAAGAGUGCGUACUACAAGAUUGCGCUCCAAGCGAAGGACACCACUGCUUAUCAAGGCGUGACCGAGCUGCUCGGCGUCGUGGGAAGGAUGAAGUACGUGCGGCCACUUUAUAGGGCGCUGAACAAGGUCGAUCGUGAUCUCGCAUUGAAGACGUUCGAGAAGAACCGUGACUUCUACCACCCUAUCUGCAAGGGCAUGGUUGAGAAGGACCUGGGGCUCGCUUGAAGCAAGUAGGUUUGCGGUUAAUGACGGAUCUAGAUCUUAUAACACACAACAUU